AUUUAAGCGUAGCCACAAGGCCGUGAUCACACUUCCCUUGCGGCGAAUCUGCCUGUUCGCUCGCCUAGCUAAGUGCCACAGCAUCUUGUCAAAACCAGCCCUAAAUCUUUGCUUGCCUUCAAGCCUAACUCUCGUCUCGAUCUUUUCAUCCAUACGUCUAACAGAAUCCAGGUAUGAAGUCUUCCAAGACGUCGCUCCCACCAUGUGCUUACGGAGACCUGAGUGCUCUGCCAAAGAAGGUCCGCGAAUUUGUGGAGGAAAACGCGAGGCUCAUGAAGCCCGCCCAAAUUCACAUCUGCGAUGGGUCAGAAGAUGAAAACCAGAACAACAUCAAAAUUCUGAUGGACAGAGGCGCGGCUGUUCCUCUUGAAAAGCAUAGCAACUGUUAUGCAGUGUUCACUGACCCACGUGAUGUUGCUCGUGUGGAAUCCAAGACCUUCAUCUGCACUAAGAACAAGCAUGAUGCUGUACCCCACUUCAAGGGUGAGGUGGGCCAACUGGCACGGUGGAUGUCACUAGAAGAAGCACACAAGAAGCUUUACGAAGAGCGCUACCCAGGCUGCAUGGAAGGUCGCACCAUGUACGUGAUGCCUUUCAGCAUGGGCCCAGUAGGAUCUCCCAUCUCCAAGAUUGGCAUUGAGCUGACUGACUCCGAGUACGUGGUGUGCUGCAUGCGGAUCAUGACCCGCAUGGGAAGCCAUGUCCUAAAAGCUCUGGGGGAUGGGGACUUCGUGCGUUGCCUUCACUCUGUUGGUGGUCCACUCCACGAUGGCAAAAACAACGUGCCGUGGCCAUGUGACCCAGAGAGGACCCUGAUUACGCAUUUCCCUGAAACCCGCGAGAUCAAGUCCUAUGGCAGCGGUUAUGGAGGGAACUCUCUGCUCGGCAAGAAGUGCUUUGCUCUCAGGAUUGCAAGCGUUAUUGCACGCGACGAGGGCUGGCUGGCAGAGCACAUGAUGAUCUUGGGUUUGACCAACCCCGAAGGGAAGAAGAUCUACAUUGCAGCAGCGUUCCCAAGUGCCUGCGGGAAGACCAACCUCGCCAUGUUGACCCCUACCAUCCCUGGCUGGAAAUGCGAGUGCGUAGGAGAUGACAUUGCCUGGAUGUGGUUUGACAAAGACGGCACCUUGCGCGCCAUCAAUCCAGAGUGUGGAUUCUUCGGUGUAGCCCCCGGUACCUCCUUCUUAUCCAACCCCAUUGCUAUGAGCACCUUCCAGAAAGACACCAUCUUCACUAACGUUGCGAAGACUAGCGAUGGCGAUUUCUGGUGGGAGGGACUGAAUCCACCUGCAGAUGGCAUCAAGAUAAGAUCAUGGCUCGGCGACCCUGACUGGAAGCCCGAGGUUGCUGGCAAGACCCGCAAGACUGCAGCUCACCCCAACUCCCGAUUCUGCGCACCCAGUGACCACUGCCCUAUCAUGGACAAGGAUUGGGAAAACCCAGCUGGCGUGCCCAUCAGCGCCAUCCUGUUUGGCGGGCGUCGCCCAUAUGGCGUUCCCUUGGUGAUGCAGAGCUUCAACUGGCAGCACGGAGUGUUCCUGGCCACUUCGUUGUCAUCGGAAACAACAGCUGCUGCCGAAUUUAAGGGGAAGGCUGUGAUGAGGGAUCCAUUUGCCAUGAGGCCGUUCUUCGGGUACAAUUUUGGCAAGUAUCUGGAACACUGGCUGAGCAUGGAAAAAGAUCCCAAGAAAAAGUUGCCACUCAUCUUCCAUGUCAACUGGUUCAGGCUUGAUAACACUGAACACUUCUUGUGGCCAGGAUUCGGUGAGAACUCACGCGUCCUUGAGUGGGUGUUUAACCGAGUACACAACGUAGAUAACGCUGAUGUCUCCCCAGUUGGUUUAAUCCCCAAGCAAGGUGCCCUGAACCUCGAGCAAAUGGAAACGCCCGUGACUCCCGAGGCUAUGAAAGAGCUGUUCUCCAUCCCGAAAGAGUACUGGUUGGAUGAAGUGGAAAGCCUACGCAAGUACUUCCAACAAGAAAUUGGGGAUGAUCUUCCUAAGGCCAUUAGCAAUGAGCUGGACGCUCUGGAGCAGCGCAUUAAAGCAAUAAAGUAAAGGCAGAUAGUUCGGACAGACAUAGUGGAGGCAGUAUCGAGCCCUCAGUAACAGAUGAGAUCCCUGCUGUGUAAGAUGCAAGGUAGAUAGCAAUAAGUAUGUUUUCUUGUAAUUUAAUGAUAAGUUUUCUGAUAAUUAAAACUAAGACUUGUUAAUGUCAA